AUGAGUCAAACGUUGACAACAAGACAAGCAGAGGAGCUGCACAAGUCCCUAAUAGCUUAUCUAUCUUCCAUAAAUGCUACCCGAAGCGUUGCGACCAUACGCGAAGAGCUCCCGAUCGGCGACGGCUUUGACGACACCGCAUGCAAGAAAUAUGAGGGGCUGCUGGAGAAAAAAUGGACGAGCGUGGCUCGGCUACAGAGAAAGAUCAUGGACUUAGAGUCCAAGGUGUCGACCUUGCAGGCAGAAUUGGACUCCAUGGCCCUGACGUCCCGAUCGCGACCAAACCAAGACCCUACGAGCUGGCUCCCCUCAUCACCGGCGCGGCACAAAUUUCAGUCGCACCGCGAUGCAGUGACUUGCGUUGCCUUCCAUCCUGUCUACACAUCGCUGGCGUCGGGCUCCGAAGACUGCACCAUCAAGAUCUGGGAUUGGGAACUGGGGGAACUGGAAAGGACACUCAAGGGCCACAUGCGGGCAGUUUCGGGUCUGGACUAUGGCGGACAAAAAGGGCAUACACUGCUGGCGUCCUGCUCAAGUGACCUUACAGUCAAACUAUGGGACCCUAGCAAUGACUAUGCCAAUAUCCGCACUCUUUCCGGGCACGACCAUUCCGUCUCGGCGGUCAGCUUCCUGCCCAAUAACGGAAAUCUGCUCGUGUCGGCCAGUCGCGAUGCCUCCAUCCGCAUAUGGGACGCAUCGACGGGCUAUUGCGUCAAGACAAUCCGUUCGAAUGAUAACUGGAUUCGAGACGUUUCCCCUUCGUUUGAUGGGAAAUGGCUGGUGUCGGGUGGCCGAGACCAGGCCGCCACUGUGUGGGAAGUCGCAACGGCGGAGGCGAAGGCUACAUUAUUGGGUCACGAGAACUAUCUCGAAUGCUGUGUUUUCGCACCGCCAGCCAGCUACAAGUAUCUAGCAACCUUGGCCGGCUUGAAGAAGCCUCCCCCUGCCACCAGCUCAGCCGAGUUCGUUGCGACCGGGGCUCGUGACAAGACGAUCAGACUCUGGGACUCGCGGGGACGGCUGAUCAAGACCUUGGUCGGUCAUGAUAACUGGGUCCGAGGCUUGGUGUUCCAUCCGGGAGGCAAGUAUCUGGUCAGUGUGGCGGACGACAAGACUAUCCGGUGCUGGGAUCUCUCACAGGAAGCCAAGCUCGUCAAGACCAUCAGCGAUGCGCAUGGACACUUUGUCAGCUGCAUCAGGUGGGCUCCCGAUGUGGUGACGGAUGAUGCUGCGACAGAAGAGACCACUGAGGCUGGUCCUGGGGCUCAAAGACAGGAGGCGAACAAGAAGAUCCGGUGUAUCCUGGCCACUGGAAGUGCGGAUUCAUGUGUGAGGGUAUUUUCAUAGUCGGCGGGCGAAGACAAGAAAGCUUCAAAUCUUAUUCCCAGCGCUCUAAUCUCUUCCUAUUGUUCUAUCUCACUCGUGACAGGAAUCGCGAUGCAUCUAUCCUUCUCAUCCACUCUUCUUGCCCCCCAAUUGCCUGCUGCCUAUCUGGAUAUAAAACUUUACCGUGUUUGCUGUACAUUUUUGAACAUCAUACCUUAGCAAUGCAUGUGAGGGAGCGGGAUCAUGUCUUCAUAUGCCUUUUGCCUUGCGGGUAUUGCUGCCAAAUAUUUCUCUUACAACGCUGAGUCGGAGAGUAGUGGCUCGGGGGACUUCCUCAUGACAAGUUCGUCAACGGUGCUGGUCUCGUUGCGGGCAGUUUCUUAGACAGCUUGAUGAAUGACAUGUGAGAAUAAAUAUCUG